CCCGCCCCGUUCAACUCCGUCCUCUGCGUUCAUUUCAUUCCUGCUCUCAUUCCGCGCAUAUUUCGCAUCCUUGGAGAGACGCUGCGCAUUUUACGCACUCAGCGCGCCCGAGCAAUCAUCAAAGCAGAGCCGAGAGGAGAUUCCGGAGUUGGCGGGGCGCUUUCCGGUGCCGUGGCGUCUCCGAUCCGCGGGGAAAGUGCGGGAAUUGAAGCCGAAAGAGGCGCUCGUAUCGAGGUUUUCCGAUCAGUAUUUGCUCCGACUUCCUGACUCAUCGUUCCUCCUGGUUCCCACUCACAUCUACCGAAGCCCAGCUGUGCCCUUGUGGGGUUAAUUAUUAUUAACAUUAAUAAAAGGCCCGAGUUCACCCGCUAGUUCUUCAUCAAACACCGUCUGGGAGAAGUUAGCUGCCAGGAUGGAGCGCGGUAGCUGGAGCGGCAGCGAGAGUCCAGGGGAGGACCUGGACAGACUGAGUGAUUCAGGGGGGGACAAGACCAUGGACGGGGACCCCGAGGGGGUCUGGAGCCCGGACAUCGAGCAGAGCUUCCAGGAGGCCCUGGCCAUAUAUCCGCCCUGUGGGAGGAGGAAAAUUAUUCUGUCAGAUGAAGGAAAGAUGUAUGGCCGAAACGAGCUGAUAGCCAGAUACAUCAAACUACGAACCGGCAAGACGCGGACAAGAAAACAGGUAUCCAGUCAUAUCCAGGUCUUGGCUAGAAGAAAAUCCAGGGAAUUUCAGUCCAAACUAAAGGACCAGAGUGCCAAGGAGAAAGCUCUGCAAAGCAUCUCCACCAUGUCCUCGGCUCAGAUCGUCUCGGCCACGGCCAUUCACAGCAAGCUGCUGCCUGGAAUAAUGCGAGCCAGCUUCCCCGGCAACGCGCAGUUGUGGCAGGGGAUGAUUCCAGGAGGACAGUCCAGCUCCGCCACAGAGGACAUCAAGCCGUUCUCCCAGCAGGCCUACUCUGUGCAGACGGCGGGAACCACCACCAUCGCAGCAUACGAGCCUCCUGCUGCAGCCCAGACGCACAGGGAGCCAGCGUGGCAGGGCCGCUCCAUCGGCACCACCAAACUACGACUGGUGGAGUUUUCAUCUUUCCUGGAGACACAGAGGGAUCAGGAGGCAUACAACAAGCACCUGUUUGUGCACAUCAGCCAGAGCAGCCCGAGCUACAGCGACCCGCUGCUGGAGUGCGUGGACAUCCGGCAAAUCUACGACAAGUUCCCGGAGAAGAAGGGCGGCCUGAAAGAGCUCUUUAGCAAAGGUCCUCAGAACGCCUUCUACCUGAUCAAGUUCUGGACGGAGUACGCCCGGUUUGAAAACAGCAGAUUCGUCUACAGAAUCAGCCGUUCACCGAUGUGUGAAUACAUGAUCAACUUCAUCCACAAGCUCAAACACUUGCCUGAAAAGUACAUGAUGAACAGCGUGUUGGAGAACUUCACUAUUCUGCUGGUGGUGAACAACAGAGACACACAGGAGACCUUGCUGUGUAUGGCGUGUGUGUUUGAGGUCUCCAACAACGAUCACGGAGCACAACAUCACAUCUAUCGACUAGUCAAGGAGUAACCCCGCGUGACCUUUGCUCGGUGGAGACGCUGGAGGGGAGACCAGAUCCCUACACGACGUGGCUGCACGUUCACCGCUACUCACGAGAGAAGGAACGCCGUAACGGGCGGGUUGUUGAUGUUCUGUUUCCUCUCUGGGAUGUGACAGCGCAGCCAUGGAGACCGAUCAGAAUCAUCCCGACUCCACGUGGUUUCUUUCUCUCUCUGAGUAGAUCUGAACGUCGGGACGGCAAAGGUCAGACCCGGUGUACCGCCGAUAACCAGAGAGGAGGACGUGACGUUUCUGCGUUGUUGUGUCUUAGAGGUGGAUUUGUACAGAGAGACGCUGGAAACCGCACAAAUUAAAGUUUUGUCCCAAAGAAAAGAUUUGAAUUUUUACCUUUUUGUAAGUUUUCUCUAAAAAAAACAAAAAUUCUUAUGAACUUGGGGGACAUAUUAUAUUUUAGAUCCAGAUACCUUGAUGUGAAGCCAGUGACUCUUCAUCCAGAUUGAAACUGAAGUUAUAAUCCUGUGGAUUUCACUCCGGUUGGGCUGAAAGCAUUCCCGACGAGGAGAGGGAGAGAUCCGAGAGUUACUCUGAACGUCCCGCUGCGAGUCCUCUUUAGAAGCACUGUGAAUUAAAUAAAAACUAUCACACACAGGACGGGAUUAAAUCCUAACCCAGACUGGAAGCCUUAGCACCUCCUCCUGCAGGAUUCAGACAUUUUCCUCCAGAUUAGAGUCUGAAACCAAAAAGCGGCUGGCUGGCAUCUCCUGUAGCAGUCGUCCGUGUCGGUCUCAGCAGCAUGAAGUGCCUUUGGAGGUAGACAGUUCACUGGUGUCUGUUAGCUAAUUAUCCAAAAAUCUAACAUUUAAUCUGCUUUUAAGCUCUGGAUUAACUAAACGGGUCAGCUGAAUGCUUUCUUGUUCUUUUCACAUCUAAUAAAGUCGAAGCGGUGAUUUUAUCUGGUUUUUUAUUUAAAAACUAGACGCCGAACCACAGGCAGCAGCUUCAUAGGUUAGGGAAAACACCGAUUCGUCUUAAAAUGUGACUCAAUUCUCAGAUUACUAAAGAAGUCUGAUGGUAAAGUAAACCAAACUUCCAUCUAAACAAAGCACUUGAUACAGAAACUACUUUAAACACGUUUUUUCGUGAAAUAAAGCAAGAAUUUGACUAAAUGGCUUUAAACCUUGGAGCGUGUGGAUCUGGGAUAAUUAGGCAGAAAAAUACGAAAGAAGCAUAAAAUAUUUAAGGCAUCUCGUUUUCCUUAAUCUGAUUCCUGAAGGCCAGACUAGAUUGGUGAGAACAAGCACCGUCUGCAUAAAACAGAAGAUCUACUGGGCCAUUCCCAUCUGUACCGGGUCGGCCCGGGCCGGGUAGCGUAGGUUGUUUACAUAUCUGGGUGGCCUGGUACUUUUCCGGGCCAACCAAGGCUCAUUCUCAGCCCUCUUCUCGAGGGGGUCUGCUUCAGGCCGACCAGGGCCAACACACCCACUGCUGACAGCAAAUUCACACCUUCCAUUAGAGCAAGCCUCUGAUUGGUGGGUAGAAUCAGCCCACAUGGGCUUAAGACAAGGAUGUGUGGAAUCAACCGGGCCAGGCUGGGGCCGACUGGGGCUACCCGGUACAGAUGGGAAUGGCCCAUAACUCAGGUUUGCGUUCAGAAGCUUCAGAGCUGGAGCCAGACGAGCGGCGAGGUCUGAUCUCAACCCAGAACCACCCCGGAGGAGUUCUGGUCCAGACACCCGAGCAUCAGCGCGUGAGCGCUGACCCAGCAGACGGCACCGAGCCCUGCUUACCAAAGACCGUCAGAAGAAAAGCCUCGGAGCGCAGCUCGCUUUCAGCGUUCCUCGAUCAGCGUGGUCUGUGUUCUUAACGUCGUCUUGUUUGUGAGCGUCGGGUGGUUUUAGUCCUCUUUUCCGUCUGUAAUGGAUUCCGAAAUGGCCUUGAAUCUUUCCUCUCCGGUGCCGAGAGUUUUUAAUAAGGUGCUUUGCAUAAAAGUGACAAUACCCUUUAUUACAGAUGUUGUGUAUAUCUUUGAUAUUCUAAUGUUCAUCCUAUUUUGUGAAGAGAAAAAACAACACAUUUAGUAAAUCCAGGAGCUAGUCGUGUGUUGCUUCUGCACAGGGUCUGAUCUUUGCUUGUAACGUUUCCUCCUCAUGGCUAAAAGUACGUUAGAUAUUUUCUAGCUUUGUAGAGACUUUGUACGCAUUCGCUAUUCACUUUAAAUAAAUGGUCCAUUCUAAACUGUG